AACUAUAUCAACAUUAGUAAACUAGUACCUAAAUCCUUCAUGCCGGCCCACUGAAAUUCAAAAACCAGCUUGACCUCAUCACUCUGCUCAUUUUCUAUUGUUUGAACAGUUCUGUUCAAAAGCCGUAAAAUAGAAGGCGAGUGGAAGUUCAAAAGUAGUUUUUAACUCAUGGGUUCUGAUAAAUUCAAGGGGAGCAAAUUGUUUUGCGAUGAAUAUAUAAAACCUAAAUAUUUCCUAUACACGAAACAGACUGUGUUAAUGGUAGUUUGGAGAACGCAUCAUAAUGACUGCUUUGCUUCAUUUGACGGGAAAGAGAAUUAUGGCAAAACAGAUGUUUUACAUUCGUAAAUCCUACAAAUCGAUGAACGACACAUUCCCUCUUCUACUCCGCUUUACAUUACUAUCAGUUUUUCUGGUGUUCUUGCUCGCAAUUGGGAUUUUCUCUAUACCUGUCAAGAGAAUGCCUCACGAAAUUUCCCGUCAGCUGUCAGAAGAUAUCACUGCCAACGAUCUCAAUAGUAGGAGUGAUGGAAAGGAUGAGCCAAAAGAACGAGUGGAGGUUCUGUCAUGGGAGCCACGGGCAUUUUUGUAUCACAAUUUCCUGUCCAAGGAUGAAUGUGAGUACUUAAUAAAUAUCGCAAAACCACACAUGGUGAAGUCAAUGGUUGUGGAUAGUGAGACAGGGAAAAGCAAGGAUAGCAAUGUACGCACAAGCUCUGGUUGGUUCCUAAACCGUGGACAAGAUAAGAUCAUUAGACGCAUUGAGAAAAGGAUUGCAGAUUUCUUAUUCAUACCAGAAGAACACGGAGAAGGAAUUCAUGUUUUGCAUUAUGAAGUUGAUCAGAAGUAUGAUGCACACUAUGACUAUUUCUUUGAUACAUUUAAUGUUAAAAAUGGCGGGCAGCGUGCAGCUACAAUGCUAAUGUAUCUUUCAGAUGUGGAGAAAGGUGGGGAAACUGUUUUUCCACAAUCCAAGGUAAACAGCAGUAGUGUACCAUGGUGGGAUGAGUUGUCUGAAUGUGGAAGAUCUGGCUUGUCUGUGAGGCCAAAAAUGGGAGAUGCUAUGCUCUUCUGGAGCACGAAGCCUGAUGCUUCGUUGGAUCCUUCUAGUUUGCAUGGUAGUUGUCCAGUAAUUCAAGGCAAUAAGUGGGCAGCUACAAAAUGGAUGCAUCUUAAGAAGUAUAGUGUUUGAUAUUGACAUUUGUUGAAGCAGGUUCUGUGUUGAAGAACUUACAUAAAAAUUGCCCUAGGAAUAAAAUACUCUAUUUGUUGAUGCAAAUGUUUGCCAGCAUGCAAACUUGGUUCAAACCCCUAGCAGUUCCAUGGUCCUGUUGACAUGGAGGGUUUAAAUUCUUAAUUGCCCAGUCACCCAGUGGGUGGAGAGUUACAGGAGCUCAUCUCAUGGUUUGCCAGCCACUGAGCUGUUGAUUCCCCUUGUAACAAUUUUGUAUUUAUUAGCAUUUAAUAAGUGGCCCUAUACAUAAUGCCAAAAAGAUCUUAUCAAUUGCAUUGCAUGAUCUAUCUUUGUAUAGCAGAGAUUUUGCAUCUCAAGCCAGUCAUAGCACUAGAGUUCUUAACUGGAAUUGAACUCAGGAAUCAAGAAAUAUAAGCAAAAAAUUGAUUAUUCUUAUCCCUCUGUUGAGAAAGCAGGGGCGGAUGUCUUAGGUCACAUGAUUCUUUUAAUUAAUAGAGAAAUUAUUGUAUGUUA